AGCUGGUCCGUACUUCUUGACCUUCCUAUUAUUUGUCGGUAUAUAUAUAUAUAUGUAUAUAUGAGAUGCAUAUGUGUCUAUACAAAACCUCCUUCCAUUCCAUAUCGAGAAGAGGAGGUUUUUCCGGCGAGAUCCGAAAUUACGGGCAGCUUUCCGCAUCGCCAACGGAUAGCGAUUGGUAAGGGAUUACGAGGAAUGCUAAAUUUCGUUGCCUGUUGUUUGCUGCGUAUCUGGAUCAUGGUUCUGCAAGCAUAUGAUAUACGUACUACGAUUGACUGGGGAAUAGAUCAAUAAAUGCAAUUCGUUGGUUUAUUGUUGUAAUACGUACCAAAUAAAUGUAUUGAAGGUCAAUAAUUGUGGUUAUGUUUUCGUUUUUGUUAUUCCUUUUCCCCUGGGAGCAAUCUGCCACUUGUUAUUCCUUUUCCGUUUUCCGAUAGAGUGAGGUUUUAUUAUAUGCAGUUUCAGAUUUGUAUAGAUUGUAGGUGAGUGGAAGAAUCAGGUUUCUUCGUAAUGGAAUACGAGGAAAUGAUUGGGUAACAGAUGUUAUGUGUUCAUCAUGGUGGAAUUAGUGUACAAAUGUGAGUAGGUUAGGGCUUUGGAUCAAUAUUCCUAAUAUAAAGUUGUGGAAGAAGAGGAAAAAAUGGAUUUAAGAACUGCCGAGGAAGAAUCUACAGCAGAAGAAGCUCAUUUGCCUGCAGAUAUAGAGUGGAAAAUGCUUGACAAGUCAAAGUUUUUCUUCCUUGGAGCAGCUUUGUUUUCUGGCGUUUCAGCCGUGCUAUACCCUGCUGUUGUGUUAAAAACUCGGCAGCAGGUUGCACAAUCCCACGUUUCGGGCAUGAGAACCGCAAUUUUGAUCAUUAGACACGAAGGAAUUCGUGGAUUGUAUAGAGGAUUUGGAACCUCAGUGACAGGCACUAUCCCAGCCAGAGCUUUGUAUAUGACUGCACUUGAGGUUACCAAGUCUAAUGUGGGAUACGCCGCCACAAGGGUGGGGUUUCACGAGCCUACUGCGACGGCUGUGGCCAAUGCUGUGGCUGGAUUGAGUGCUGCCAUGGCAGCACAAGUGGUUUGGACACCGGUGGAUGUAAUCAGCCAGAGGCUAAUGGCACAAGGAAGUGGCUGCGAGGCGGCGGGCAGUGGUGGAAUCAAGAAUGCUCUGAAUGCAUUGCCAUGUAAAUAUAAAGACGGCAUUGAUGCAUUCAGGAAGAUUCUGAACACAGAUGGGAUAAGGGGGUUGUAUAGAGGAUUUGGGAUAUCUAUCCUCACCUAUGCACCAUCUAAUGCCAUUUGGUGGGCAUCUUAUUCUGUGAUGCAGAGGGUGGCUUGGGGUGGGGUGGGGCAUUUCCUUAACAAAAAAGAAGAGGAAAGACAUGAAAGUGGAGUCACUAACAUUAGUGGUAUGACUAUGAAUGAUAGGCUGAGGCCAGAUACCAAAACUUUGAUGGCAGUUCAAGGGCUGAGUGCAGCCAUGGCUGGAGGGUUUACAGCUUUGGUGACAAUGCCUUUGGACACAAUCAAGACUAGGUUGCAGGUCUUGGACAGCGACGAAAAUGGCAGGAAAGGGCCAACUCUGGUGCAGACAGUGAGGAAUUUAGUGAGGGAGGGUGGGUGGAUAGCUUGUUACAGAGGAUGGGGUCCUAGAUGGGCAUCCAUGUCCAUGUCUGCAACCACAAUGAUCACAACAUAUGAGUUCUUGAAACGCAUGUCUGCAAAGGACAUCAUGAUUGUACAAAAUCCAGCAAAUGAAUAAGUAAAUCUUUGUAGAUUAAUUGGGAGACAUUCCGCUUGGAGCCUAUGAUUCGGAUUCCAUUUCAAAUGGGUGCAUGUGUUUAUUAGGGUAAUAUAAAGAAAGAAAGAAAGAAACUAAAUGUAAUAUGCUACAUAAAUCUACAAGUUUUUAUUUGAGUAUGAACCAACUCAUAUAAACUAAAUGAUAUAUGCAUUAAGAGAAAUAAUUCCCAAAUGAAACAACAAAUUGCAUUGAGGAGAAUCAACAAAUUUAAUUUAAUAAGGUUAUGAGUUGUUUAAUUUAUCUUUUUAUGUCUAAAGAGCGUGUCAAA